AUGUCAGACUUCGGUAGAAAAGAUAUUGGUGAUAAAAUUGAAUCUUCAUUAAAACCAGAUUCUCAAAAAUCAACUCCAGAACAAUUUAAAGAUAAAGUUACUGAUAAAGCUGAUAACUUAGCUGGUGACGCUACUUCAGAUAACCAAAAAUCAUUUGUUCAACAAGCUUCAGAUGCUAUCUUUGGUGAAAAAAAAUAGACUAAUUUGACUAGCUACUAGUUUACUAGUUUACUAUUUGAUAUAGUGGUGGUUAUUUUUCAUUUUAUUAUUAUUUUUUAUUAUUUUUAUUAUUUUUAUUAUUUUUAUAGUUGAUUAAUUUUUAUAGCUGAUUAAUCUUAAUUCAAAAAAUAUGGAAUAUAUAUUCAUUUUGAUUUGAUUAACUGCAUGUAAAUUCUACAGUAUUCAUCUAUCGUAAAUAUUCGAAUAUUGUUCAUAUUAAGAUAUCUUAUUUGCCACUUAUAGCCACAAUUUUGUUAAGUUUUUAUUGACGAUAGCUGAAUUAAAUUCAUUUUACAAUUAAGGGGUAUUGAAGCUUAAAAGUUAGGGGGUAAAAGCGCAUUUUAGAAUUUGCGCUUAUUUUUUCAACUUGGUAGCGCAAAAUUUAAAACGCGUAAAAAAUAAAAAUAAAAAUAAAAAAUAAAAAAUGAAAAAUAAAAAAUAAAAAAUAAAACAAAAUAAAUUAUCACGAAAAUAGAGAUCAUUAAUUAUUCAUUAUGACUGUAUCUCCGAAUUCAGCAGAACAAACAUAUUUAGAUUUAUGUCAACGUAUCAUAGAAGAAGGUGAACAUCGUCCUGACAGAACAGGUACUGGUACAAAAUCUUUAUUUGCUCCACCACAAUUAAGAUUUGAUUUAUCGAAUGAUACCUUUCCGUUAUUAACUACCAAAAAAGUAUUUAUAAAAGGUAUAAUACAUGAAUUAUUAUGGUUUAUUGCUGGAUCAACCGAUGCUAAUAUAUUAAGUGAAAAGGGUGUAAAAAUCUGGGAAGGUAAUGGAAGUAGAGAAUUUUUAGAUUCAUUAGGAUUAAAUCAUCGUAAAGUAGGUGAUUUAGGACCAGUUUAUGGAUUUCAAUGGAGACAUUUUGGUGCUGAAUAUAUAGAUUGUGAUACGGAUUAUUCAAAUCAAGGUUUUGAUCAAUUAUCUGAUAUAAUUAAAAAAUUGAAAACUAAUCCUUAUGAUCGUAGAAUUAUAAUGUCAGCUUGGAAUCCACCAGAUUUUAAAAAAAUGGCCUUACCUCCCUGUCAUGUAUUUUGUCAAUUUUAUGUGAAUUUUCCACAAGGUAAAAAACCGAAAUUAUCUUGUUUAUUAUAUCAAAGAUCUUGUGAUAUGGGAUUAGGUGUUCCUUUUAAUAUUGCAUCUUAUGCAUUAUUAACUAAAAUGAUUGCUCAUAUUGUAGAUAUGGAUUGUGGAGAAUUUAUACAUACAAUGGGUGAUGCUCAUGUUUAUUUAGAUCAUAUAGAUGCUUUAAAAGAACAAUUUACAAGAAUACCAAAACAAUUUCCAAAAUUGAAAAUAAAAAGAGAUGUUGAAUCAAUUAAUGAUUUUAAAUUUGAAGAUUUUGAAAUAUCGGAAUAUGAUCCGUAUCCAACAAUUAAAAUGAAAAUGAGUGUGUAA